AUGCCUAGAGCGGCAACUACAUGCGAACAACCUGGAUGUGUCAAUUGGACAUCCAUUGACCAAAACAGUAGAAAGAAGGACUACUUCCGGUCGUUCGGGAACAGCCUUUGUUCAUUAUCUGUCUAUCUAUUUAUCCAAAUCGGUUCAUAUCUAUCUAUCUAUCUAUCUAUCUAUCUCAGUCUCUUCAUUAUCUAUAUAUUUAUCUCAGUCUGUUCAUUAUCUAUCUAUCUAUCUAUCUAUCUAUCUAUCUAUCUAUCUAUCUAUCUAUCUAUCUUCAUUAUUAUCUAUCUAUCUAUCUAUCUAUCUAUCUAUCUAUCUAUCUAUCUAUCUCAGUCUCUUCAUUAUCUAUAUAUUUAUCUCAGUCUGUUCAUUAUCUAUCUAUCUAUCUAUCUAUCUAUCUCAGUCUCUUCAUUAUCUAUCUAUCUAUCUAUCUAUCUAUCUAUCUAUCUAUCAUCUAUCUAUCUCAUCUCCUGUCUCUUCAUUAUCUAUAUAUUUAUCUCAAUCUGUUCAUUAUCUAUCUAUCUAUCUAUCUAUCUAUCUAUCUAUCUAUUAUCAUCUAUCUAUCUAUCUAUCUCAGUCUCUUCAUUAUCUAUAUAUUUAUCUCAGUCUUUUCAUUAUCUAUCUAUCUAUCUAUCUAUCUAUCUAUCUAUCUAUCUCAGUCUCUUCAUUAUCUAUAUAUUUAUCUCAGUUUGUUCAUUACCUAUCUAUCUUAAUUUGUUCGAAAUCUAUCUAUCUAUCUAUCUAUCUAUCUAUCUAUCUAUCUAUCUAUCUAUCUAUGACUGUCCCUUAACUUUCUCAGUCUGUUCAAUAUCAAUCUAUCUCAGUUUGUUCAUUAUCUAUCUAUCUAUCUAUCUAUCUAUCUAUCUAUCUAUCUCUCUAUCUAUCUAUCUCACCAUGCGUGUUUCAAUCAAUUUUACCCACGCGUUACUCAAGCGACUCUUUUUCUUUCUUUUCUGCCAUUUUUGUUUAUUACUUUAUUCUUUCUCUCUUUCCUUUUUCUAUUACGCGUUUGAAACCAUCAAGUACACAAUCAACAUUUCCUAUAUAAGUGGAGAUGCGAAAAAGAUCGAAGGAAGAAGAAAAAUGGAGAAGGAAAACGCGAAAGAAAAAGUAAACGGAGAAAGAAAGGAAACCUAA